GUUAUACAGAAAUCUCUAUCAUUAAAUAUUUGUUAAUGAAAAGAUCGGUUGGUCUUUUGAAAACAAAAGAUGAAACUUUUGUAGACUGAGAGAACUCUAAAUCAAUGAGUUCAAAAGUAUAUUUAUGAGGAUGAUGGGUAAGUGUUGGGAGUAUUUUCCUUUCUAUGGCCAUUAUAAUUUACCAAAAGUGCUUUAAAUAAAAAUAAUUAAAAACUUUCUACCAAUCAAACUUUGACCACAUUCAUUAGGAUUCUUGCAAAGGCAUUAAAGUAAAAUCAAAACCGUCUGGUAACUCGAAACGUUUCAUUUGGUUAUAAUUAUUUCAAAAUUAAUUUAGGGAUUACGGUUAAGUAACGUCUAACUAUUAUUAAAAGAGGAUGAUCGUGUGAGGGAGGCUAUAUAAGUUUAUUCGCUUCCUCUUUCUCCAAGAGAAAACAAAAAGUUAAAAAACCCUAACCGUUACGGCUAUGGCGGCAGCGAGUUUCUCAGAGGGCUUUGACUACGAAACAUGGGCUCUAACGACGAAAGCGACUCUAACCGAGCAAGGACUUUGGGACGUCGUCGAAAACGGAGUCCCACCGGAUCCAUCCAAGAUUCCAGAGGUAUCGGCAACGAUUAAAUCCCAAGAACUCUCUCAAUGGAGAGAUCUCGUGAUUAAAGACAUGAACGCGCUUCAGGUAAUGCAAUCUUCUCUCACUGAUUCCGCUUUCAAGAAGACUCUCUCCGCUUCUUCGUCCAAAGACGUUUGGGAUAUGCUCAAAAAGAGCAACGAGCAAGCUAGACUAAGUAGUAGGUUAGAGGAGGAAGAAGUUCAUGAGUACUUGAUGUUAGUAGAAGGUGUGGAUGAGUUGAGCUAUGAUGAGGAUAUGUGGAUGAUCUGCGCCAAGGGUACGACGAAUCAUAUGUCACGGUACGAGAAGCACUUCUCCGUUUUGGACAGAACACACAAAGGCAAGGUUAGGUUAGCAGACGGAACGUUUCUCAGGGUUGAAGGUAGAGGACACGUGAGGAUUAUGAUGAAGGAAGGGAAGAAGACCAAGACUAAGACGAUGAGGGAUGUGAUUUUUGUUCCGGGGUUGAACGUGAACGUUUUGAGUAUCGAUCUGAUGAUAGCAAGAGGUUACUCACUAGAAUCGAAACGGGACACGUGCGUUUUUUUCGAUCGGAAGGGGGCGGUGUUUGGGGAUGCCGUGAUGGACAAGAAAGGACCAGCUCUGCGUUUGAACAUGAUUGAAGGUACUCAGGAGGAAGAGAUCGCUGUUGAUUAUGUGAUGGCUGCGGUGAUAAGCAAAACUGAUUUGGUUUAUGAUGAGGACAUGUGGAUGGUCUCUUGCUUCUCCACGAUCCACAUGACUCCGUAUGAGAAUGUUUUCACGGCUCUUGACAGGACACACAAAGGGAAGGUUGGGUUGAAGGAUGGGGCGGUGCUCAAGGCAGAAGGAAAAGGAGAUGUGGAGAUUGUGAUGAAGGGAGGGAAGAAGAAGAAGACGAUCAAGAAUGUGCUUUUUGUUCCUGAGAUUAUGAGAAACGUGCUGAGUUUUAGUCAGAUGGAGACAUACGGCUGUUCGUUUAGAGAGGGACGAGGUGGUGAGUGCAUUAUAAGCGAUGAGACUGGGGCAGUGUAUGGGGAUACUACGUGGGAUGUGAAAGAUAUGGCUCUGCGUUUGGAGGUGAUCAAAGGUAACCGCACCUCUUAAUUAGCUUCCUGCUUUUCACUUUGGUACUAGACUUGACUAUUAAGGUGGACGUUUGUGGUUCUUUUUUAGUUUGGUGUCAUUGUGUGAUUUUAUUUUCUGUUCGUUUAAAUUUGAAUUCUACUAGUUCGAUGGGUUCUAUUGAAUUAAGAAUAAAUUUCAUUGAGUUUUUAGAUAA